UUACGUGCUGGCAUUCACAAUCAUGCAGGGAUAUUCUCCUGUUCAAUUUACGGAGCAUGGCCGUAAAUUGAACAGAUGGCAGUGCGAGCAUCCUGCGGUGUUGGACUUAUUACGCCGAGCAGGAUUUUAUUACGUUUCACGAUUGCGCCGCCUACAGCUCGAUCAGUCAUUAUUGGGAGCAUUAGUCGAGAGAUGGCGGCGGGAGACACAGAGUUUUCAUUUGCGACAUGGAGAGAUGAGUAUUACUUUGAUGGACGUCGCAGUUAUUACGGGACUCCCCGUCGAUAGUGCGGCAGUGACUGGAGGGGGAUCCUAUCAGUGGGCAGAGCUCUGUGGAUUACUUCUCAGGGUGGUUCCGGAGGAUAUUAGGGGUGGUGAGAUCAAGAUAGAUUGGUUAUAUCAGCAGUUCCAUGAUAUCCCUUUAGACGCACCUGAGGCUAUUGUUAGAGCUACGGCUAGAGUAUAUAUACUAUUUCAGAUAGGAUGUAGCUUGUUUCCAAAUCCAAGCGGGAACAGGGUGCAUUUGAAAUGGCUGCCACAUCUAGAGGAUUUUGACCUUUGUGUUGCAUUAGCAUGGGGUGCAGCCGCGCUAGCACAUCUUUAUCGCGCCCUAGGAAAUGCUUGCAUCAGGGGAAAGGUCGAGUGUUGUUGUUUUGGGACAUUAGUUCAGAUAUGGGCAUGGGACCACCUACAUAUUGGCCGCCCUGAGGUAGUAGGCCCGCAGCCUGAGCUUGUCGACAUGCCAUUAGGGUGUCGGUGGAAUACUAGAUUAGCAUUUCGGGACAAUGUCAGGACUACUGACAUUGAGUUUUAUCGUGAUCAGCUGGAUCAGCAGUUAGAGUCUCAGAUUAUAUGGAGGCCUUAUGACGACGCAGUGUUAGAGACGCUCCCACCUUUUUGUCUGGCGGGGUCCCAGGUUUGGCGAUCGAGGACUACCUUAGUCUGCUUCCACAUUAUUGAGCUCCAUCAUCCCGAUCGUGUGCUUCGCCAGUUUGGACUACUACAACAUAUACCUGAACCUGUGCUUGCCAUACCUCGCAUCAAUUCACGAGGCAGAGCAGAUGAGGAUUGGGCGGCAUACCACGCCUCAUACAUUGAGCGUUGGAAUGAUAGAUUGGUAGAUAUAGCAGAGGUGGCCCCUGAGACAGAUCCAGAUCCGAUACGAGCUACCACUGUUUACAUGCAGUGGUAUUGGACGAUCACCAGGAGGUGGAUAUCUAGACCUGUACAACGGCCACCACUUGCCUAUCAGCCAUGUGGACACGUCGAGAGAGUAUUGGUUGAUAUCGUGCAGAGAUCACAUUAUACGAUCAGACGUGUCCUACCCGAUAUUUCAGGAGGUGGAGUCUUAGCUACCCUAUCACAGGUCGCCGAUCAGAUGGAGGCAGUUCUGGAGACUUUACCUACGCUUCCACACUAUGUACCUCCAGGAUCAGCAGACUAUGGUGGAGCAUCGACGUCCGGGCAUGCACCCGUAUAUAGUCCACCGAUGCCAUCAUCACCGAUAGGGGAGCCACCUUAUGUUGAUGUUACGGACCCGGCACCAGCACCAGUACCGCAGGAUCCAGCUCGAGCAGGUGAUAUUGUUUAUUUUAGGCGUCGACGGCGAUCGAGGUCUAUCCGUACAGAUCAGCCCUCCUCUUCAGCUCCUCCACGGCCAGAUCAGCCCUCCUCUUCAGCUCCUCCACGGCCAGACAUACUACCGGCACAUGCUACUGCUGUGAUUGAGCCGGUUAUUGAGGGUGCUGCUAUAGAGCAUCUAGACCAGUUGGAGAUCUUGGAGCCUUUUGAUGAGCAUGAUGUUGGUCGUGGUCGCGGACGUGGUAGGCGACGUGGUCGAGGAGGUCGAGGGAGGAGAACAUGAUAUUAUAUUUAUAUAUUAUUGUAUAACUUGCAUUUAUUUUGUAUAUUCUGUUUUGAUUAUUUGGUAUUGAUUAUAUUAUUGAGAUUCUAUUGGUUGUGAUGUUGUAAUGUGUAUUAAUUUUGUGAUGUUGUGAUGUGUAUUACUUUUGUGAUGU